CAUGCCUGCAUGUUCGCAUUCGCAAACCUCGCAUCCUAUUUCAUCAUAAACACGGAGCCAUGUGAUAACCUUGAGCCUGUGCCACGCUGGAGACAACAGUGAGAGAGCGUGCACACACACACGUCAGCUCGGGGAGGGCAAAGCCUGCUUAAGAUGCAGUGAAUGUGACAGCCGAGCCGAGAGUCCAGACUACAGCGGAGCGUGGACGGGAAAAGGUGAGCGUGGUGGGGGGGAGGGGGCACGGACAUGCCAGUGGAACCAGCUCACCCGCAGACGUGACGCCGACACGAGGAAAAAAAGAGAGAGAGAGGAGGAAAACACGCGGAGACGUUUGGUGUCCAAAAUACGCGCGGAGGAGUCGGAGGGGGACCAGAGCGGAGUGAGGCGCGGGGAGCGGCGCCCUUGUCUGGGGGGGAAAGAUGACAGUGGUGCCCGGAGAGAACCUGGACGAGACUGUGGCACUGGCCGCGCUGUCAGCCCAGGAUGUGUACGACCCGGAGCGCGCCGAGAACCAGGAGAACCAGGAGAACCAGGAGUGCUGCGAGCGGGUCGUCAUCAACAUCUCCGGGCUGCGCUUCGAGACGCAGCUCAAGACCCUGGCCCAGUUCCCCGGCACCCUGCUGGGGGACCCGCGCAAGAGGAUGCGCUUCUUCGACCCGCUCCGGAACGAGUACUUCUUCGACCGGAACCGACCCAGCUUCGACGCCAUCCUGUACUACUACCAGUCCGGGGGCCGGCUCCGGAGACCCGUCAACGUGCCCGUGGACAUCUUCAUGGAGGAGAUUAAAUUCUACGAGCUCGGGGAGGAGGUGAUCGAGAAUUUUAAGGAGGACGAGGGCUUCAUUAAGGAGGAGGAGCGGCCGCUGCCGGAGAACGAGUUCCAGCGGCAGGUCUGGCUCCUGUUCGAGUACCCGGAGAGCUCCGGACCCGCCAGGGGGAUCGCUAUAGUCUCCGUGCUCGUCAUCCUCAUCUCCAUUGUCAUCUUCUGCCUGGAGACUUUACCGGAGUUCCGUGAGGAGCCCAAGCUGCUGGAGGAGCCCCAGCUGGGGAACGGGACCGCCAGAGCCCGGAAGCAGAACCCCUUCACGGACCCGUUCUUCAUCGUGGAGACGCUGUGCAUCAUCUGGUUCUCCUUCGAGCUGCUGGUCCGGUUCCUGGCGUGUCCCAGCAAGCCCGCCUUCUUCAAGAACAUCAUGAACACCAUCGACAUCGUGGCCAUCAUGCCCUACUUCAUCACGCUGGGUCUGGAGCUGGCGGAGCACCAGGGGAACGGCCAGCAGGCCAUGAGCCUGGCCAUCCUGCGGGUCAUCCGCCUGGUGCGGGUCUUCCGCAUCUUCAAGCUUUCCAGACACUCCAAGGGGCUCCAGAUCCUCGGGAAGACCCUGCAGGCGAGCAUGCGCGAGCUGGGGCUGCUGAUCUUCUUCCUCUUCAUCGGAGUCAUCCUCUUCUCCAGCGCCGUGUACUUCGCGGAGACGGACGACCCGGAGUCCGGCUUCAGCAGCAUCCCGGACGCCUUCUGGUGGGCCGUGGUGUCCAUGACCACGGUGGGCUACGGGGACAUGUGUCCCGUCACCAUCGGGGGGAAGAUCGUGGGUUCUCUGUGCGCCAUCGCCGGCGUGUUGACCAUCGCGCUGCCGGUUCCCGUCAUCGUGUCCAACUUCAACUACUUCUACCACCGGGAGACCGAGCACGAGGAGCAGUUCCAGUACCAACACGUGACCUGCGGCCAGCAGCAGCAGCCGCAGUUCGGAGACUUCAACCAGAGCGACUCCAAGCCGUCCCUGGACAAGUCCCAGUACCUGGACAAGUCCGAGUACCUGGACAGCGACGACGCGGACUCCAUCAAGUACACCAACUGCAGCCCGCACAAGGUGACGUACAGCGGGAAGCUCACCGACGUCUGAGCCGGACCCGGACCCGGGUUUAGUACGCGCCAGUAGGCUCUUGUGCGCACUGGGUGCCAUCACACACACACACACACACACACACACACACACACACACACACACACACAUUGCGCGCUUUGUGUUUGGAGCUGGAGAUCUUUGUGCAUCAGCUGGAUUUAUCCAAAACUGUCUUCCAUUUACGCGCGUCACGACUGGGAGGAAAAACCGCUUAGAAACGAUCCGCCUGUAGCCGAGUGUAGCACUUUAUUAUUAUAGUUAAUAUUAUUAAUGUUAUCUUAGUAAUUCAUGAGUAAUUUAUUGCCACAAUAAUGCAGGUUUAAAGUUUACAUUUCGCUUUUUUUUCCUUCUCUCCUCUGUUUUUGUUUUCCUGAAGCAGCGACACAUGAAGGACCAAUUUAAUCUAAAUAUACAGAGUGAUGCAGCAGGCACAUGGUCACACA